ACUGAGAACUUUUUUUUUUUAUUUUAUUUCAUUUUUCACUGUUGCUGACAUUAUCCACGAUAUUGGAUUUCUAGUUCUAUUAAAAGCUUCUAAACUAGAGGCGCUGCAGUCACUACCGAUUUUCAUGAGAAUUGACAUCUCCUGGUUGCCAUGGUACCGUAUAUAAACCGCGAAUGAUUGCGCGACAUUUUCUAAGCGUCUGUUUUCAUUCUUUCUUUUUGAUGCAUUUUCUUUUGAUGCCAAACGAAUGGAGGAUCUCACGGGAUCCAACGUUCAAAUUGUAUUAAGUGUUCGAGAAGGUAAAGGAUUUGAACUUGUUACCAAUUCGACAUUUGUCGUUGCUACACUCGAUGGUCAUUUCUUAGAAACAGAUUGUAUCGAAGCAAAUCCAAAACCUCAAUAUGGCACAGAUUUGGUUUGGGAGAUCGACAAGUAUACUCUGAGAAAAAUGCGUUCCGGACAGACACCCUUAAAAGUUGAAUGUUUUCUUCUCAAGGAAAAUGCAACAAAGGACAGGAUUGGCUAUAUUCUGCUAGGAUUGCGGUCGGCACAAGUUCUUUUAAAACAUGGCAAUUCUAUUGCAAAGACAAGCUGGCACAAAUUAGCUGGGGUACAUAGUGAAUUGAAGCCUUAUGCACCACAACUGCUACUUGCAUUAACUGUUGAAGAGCAUGUAGCUGGUCCAUAUUUGGAGCUUAAAAAUGAUUCAGAAUUGCAAGGUCCUGAUGCAAAUUCUUAUAUGACACCACGUCUUAUACACGAUGAACGUUUAAUACAACUAGGACCAUUGACUACCUGUCGUGAUUUGUUCCUGCUUAAUAUUACUGCAGGAACUGCAUCUAAUUUUGACUUUCUGGAACAAGUGCCUAGUGAAUCAGAGGACCAAAUCUGUUUCUGGUAUAAGGUUUUAGAGAACGACGUAAAGCUUAAACCAGUUAAGAAUAACAUUGAAAAAACGUGGGUGCUAAAUGAGAAGGUUGUUGUAAGAAUCAGAAGCUCGUUAGCUACUUUAAAGAAUUAUUUACAAGAAAAGCCCUAUUUGUUAAUAACAUUGCGACAUGAUCAAGGUACUUUAGGUAGAUCCGAAAUCGAUCUACGACCUCUGGUACCAACCAGUGACAUUCAGGAGUUUCUGAAAUUGUUUACAAAUUCCUGUGCGACCUUAGACCAACGUUGCUAUCUGAAAUUAGAAAAUUUUAAUCAGAAUGACGAAAACCCUCCUUAUGUGGACAUACACCUAAGUCUUCAAUACAUGGGUUUAAAAAAUACAUGUUCCAUGGCCGAUCUAAGACAACAAAAGCUUCAAAAUAGUUCUGUACUAUCCACCAGUAUUGGAAAGACUGAACGUGCUGUCAGUCAGGAAAUAGAUUCUCACAGAAAUCCUGCCGGGGAUUUUGGGCAAGGUACCAAAGAGGAACGCUGCACCAAGUAUCCUGUUUUGGAUGAUGGUUUGGCUUACAAAAUUGUGGAUGAGCUGGAAACUUGGAAAGAACAUCAACAGGAAAUGUUCCGGACCGAGCUCAAAAGGAAGGAAGAACGUCACCUUUCUUUACUUAGCGAAGAAUGGCAGAAGAGACGUGAAAGUUUGGAGAACAAAUUGGCCUGCAGUGUCGAACAAUGCAAAAUGCUGGCAAACAGUUUGAACAACGCUACUGAAGACUUGCGUAAUAGAAGACUCAAAAGUUUGGAAAAGGAAGCUAGAUUAAAAAAAGCUAAUGAGGAUCUACAAUGGAGGUACGAGAGGAAGUUAAAGGAACUCCGAGAAGCUUCCAAAGAAAUGGAGGAAGACCUAAAGUCAAAGCUAAUUUCGAUGGAGGAGGACAGAAAACUUCUUACAGCAGAACUCAAAUCUCUUAAGGAAGAAAAUGAAAGAUUGCAUGAAAUUGUAGAAAGACAAACUAACCAGCUUGAGAAAUUUCACAAGGGUUCCCUUACACAAGAUCAGACUGCAACUUUACUUCAGGAUCUGAAGGCUCUUGAAGAAAAAUUGCACACUGCACAGCGCAGCAAGACCUUCUUCAAGGAACAAUGGGGCAAGGCAGUCCGAGAAAUACAUCGAAUGAAAACGGAUCAUCAGAAAGCUUUGGAGGUUCAAAUAAAAAAUAGCAAGGAGGAAUUACAAAAUUUGGAUCUUGAGGAAAUACUCACAGCUGAUAUUACAGCGUUGACCAACGAUCAAAUCCUCCUAGGGCAAAUUCAGAAGGAAAUCGAUGUGAUCAGACCGAAUCAAGAUAUCCUGCGUAAGGAUAUAGAAGAACAAAACUUGUCUGCAAGUGAAUCACUACGCUGUAACUUCAAUCGCAAUGUAACAAGGUCGGAAGUGUCUAGUAAAUCCGAAGAACGCGAUGAGAGAUUGAGAAUGCUCAUAGAGGAGCGUGAUUCCCUCCUAAGGACAGGAAGUUAUACCAUCGACGACACUGUCAUAGUAAAACUGAAUACAGAAAUCCGAUCUCUGCUUGUAGUUAAUUAAUGAAUUAGUAUUAUUUUUUA